CAGCCCAACUUUAACAGCUGACGUAACAGCAUCCCACGUGGGUGAACGCAACACCCAUUCGCCUUGUUGAAUGACGUGUCAACAAAGUGCCGGAAGCUUUCAGUCGCUCCAAAAUGGCUUACCAGACCUUACAGCAGGAGUAUCUACAGAUCCCUGUGGUUACCAGGGCAUAUACUACCGCCUGUGUCCUCACAACCGCUGCAGUGCAACUAGAGAUCAUCACACCCUUUCAGCUAUACUUCAAUCCAGAUUUGAUUCUACGGAAUUACCAGGUAUGGCGGCUAAUAACCAACUUCCUGUUUUUUGGUCCAGUUGGCUUCAAUUUCCUGUUCAAUAUGAUUUUUUUGUACAGAUACUGUCGUAUGCUAGAGGAGGGCUCUUUCAGGGGACGCACGGCUGACUUUGUCUUCAUGUUCCUGUUUGGUGGGCUUCUGAUGACUAUAUUUGGGACGUUUGUGAGUCUGGUGUUCCUGGGCCAAGCCUUCACUAUCAUGCUCGUGUACGUGUGGAGUCGACGAAACCCCAACGUGCGCAUGAAUUUCUUCGGGCUGCUGAAUUUCCAGGCACCCUUCUUACCCUGGGUGCUGAUGGGAUUCUCACUUCUGCUGGGCAACUCCAUCAUUGUGGAUCUUUUAGGUAUCGCUGUUGGUCAUGUGUACUUCUUCCUGGAGGAUGUUUUCCCCAACCAGCCAGGCGGUGGAAGGUGGCUCAAGACCCCAUCUAUCAUAAAGAUGCUGUUUGACACUCCGGAGGAAGACGCCAACUACAACCCCCUGCCCGAGGAGCGCCCGGGAGGUUUCGCCUGGGGAGAGGGACAGCGUCUCGGAGGUUAAAUCCGCUCCCAGAUCAGCCCUGAUCCACAGGUCACUUUCAAGGACAUUCCCUCCGAGAGAUGAAGGGGGAUGAACGUGGUCUUUGUCCUUGACGUAUUUGUUUAGUUCUGGACGAAAGAUGCCAAAACAAGCCAGAACUUGUCUGGAGAUAACCAUCUGUUGUCUUUUUGUAUAUGGGCUUAAAUCAUCCUCAGAAAAAACUCUUCUCGAUGCCAGAUCGUUGCUCAAAGACUAUUUUAGAGGACACAAGCUUCGGAUGGACGGUGAGCCUUUUAGGGCUCAGGUUGAUGUUUGUCUAACACCUCGGGAAAAAAAAAAUUUGACACACAACAACUGUCGUAUAAAAGAAGCAAAAAAAAAAAAAAUGACAGCAGUAAAAUAUUAUGGAAAAUGAAUUUAUUCAGAUGGCGAGUGCUUUUUUUUUUUUCUUCUUGCAUUUCACUUUUUUAAAGAAUAAAUGUGUGUGGCAAAUGAUGCUUUGGUUUCAUCUCUUUUGACUGUCGUAGUAUUGCAUGAAACCAAAGAAGAGUCGACAUAUUAAAAGAAUUGAGCCAUAAGCAUAAUAUUAUGGUCAGUAGAGAAUGAUUCUAUGGGUUAUUAUGGAAGGUAGGGUCCUUCUCUCUACACAGCAGCUCAGUUACAGCAGGGUUUGUUCUUCAGGCUUUGUGUGUCAGCACAUUCAACAUGAAAUAAACUAAUGGAGACUGAAUUAAAGUGCCAUGUCUAAGCUUUAAUCAAAGCUUCACAUCAAUAUAGAAAGAAGUAUGUGGACCAUAAAGCCAUUUUAACACGUUGGGAACCAAAAUUUAAGCAGUUGAAACAGAAUUGAACAGAUGCACAUGAAGUCCAACAAAAUAAUCGUGUUUAAUAUUAAAUGGAAAAUCCUUUUCACAAUCAAUGCCUGGCUGAAGUCUUGGAGUCAUAAACAGCAGACGCUUUGUAUCUUCUUCUGCUGAUGCUCCCACAGACAGUUUCAGGCAUGUUCAUCGUGGGCUCUCUCCGCCUCUAAGUCUUGUUUCCAGCAGGUGGAAUGCAGCUCAGUCGGACUGAGAUCUGGUCAUCAAGUCUUCUCCGCCUACAUCCUGCAGAGCAUUGUUGAUGUGACAUUCUGUGUGCGGUCACAAAGGGCUUUUAAUUUACUGAGCAAGUCGUUUUCUGCUUAGUCACAAAACUUCCACGGUCUACCAGCUUGUUUGUCAUUUUAUAGUUUUCCUGAGCUCACCUG